GCGUUCAGAUAAGAGCUGCUUAGGAGGUGUCUCGAACCGAGUUCGAUUCGAUACCUUGAUAUCGGUGAAGUGUAGAUAGAAGAAAAAAAAACCAACAAACGCUAGCGCGCUAGCUAAUCGAAAGUGUUAUCACUUAUCAGCUGGCAGCCAGCAGCCUUUCUGGGUUGUUGUUUGAUCUAACGGUAGUUUAUCAAUUAAAUUGAAGGCGGCAGCGACGAAGAAAACGCGAUGCUUAGAUAGUGAAAGAAGGUUUUUCGGGGUGGGUAUCUACUAGCCCUAUCGCUAGUACGUGAGAUCUUGAGGCGCAGAUAUUGAAGGAAUACACUCGGUGUCAUCUGGCUUAGCACGCGGAAAUCUCAAGCUCAAAAUGUUGAGGCGUUGUUUCUAAAGCUCUUUGAAGUGAACUCGUCCCGUGUCCGGCUAGCGUCGUCCGAAAGGUGUCAAUUGGUCGGUCAAAUAAAAAGGAAGAAAAAAAAAUCCCCUGCGCGUGUUGAAUUUCGCAAACCAACGCAAAGAAUAACCUUCUAUGGAAGAUAGCUGCGCGUCUUAAGCUCAGAUGACAAAUCGACACCGCACAAUCCAGACCACGACAAAGGAAAGGAGUUCAAAAAUCUAAACCUAUAUUCGCGAGUGUUUUUGUAUUGAAUGAUCGAUCCACCGGGUGAACAACAAUGUGGUAGUUGCCUUUUUUGGAAGGACCAGGAAAGUUCAACUAGUGUGACCUUACAUUAGUUUCUUAAACUUUGCCUUAAUCUUCGUCCGAUGUCUGGAGGCCUUUGGCUACCGGAUUAAGAGUUGCAUGGACUGCCUGCUGUCAAGGAGAAAUAUCCGUUUGCUCUCUUCUCGACGUGUAAUCGAUCGAAGACCCGGAGAUUGCGGGUGACUCAGUGUCAGUAAAAUCCAUGCCGAGGCGUGCGUGCUAAUCGAUGCGUCAAAAAUUGCGGUUUUCGAACGUACAGUUGCUAAUUUGUUGUUCCAGUGAUCCAUCUCGUGCCCAAUUGUGACGAAAUUGGGCAACCCGACGUCAUCGUCAGCCAGGCCUCGUGGCUUCCUAAAUUUUAGUUACUAAGCCACUUCGGAUCAGUUGAUUCAGUCGUGUCCGGACCUCCUGAGAAUAUAGUGAUCACGCUUUAUUUGAGAAGAAAAAAAAGAAUCAAAAUAAAACGGCCUACUACUAGAAAAUAGGCUUCCAGUGACCCGACAUUAAUCUUUGAGGAAAUUCAAACCGAGACAUCGCAUCGGGAUCUUUCCUAUUGGUGGUACCUGUCUGGUGGCUCGUAGCUCCUACUUAGUAGACAGGAACUUCCACAUAGUCGUUUGACGGGUUUUUCGUCGUCGUGAGCUAUCCGCGGGUAGAAAUGAAGGUCACCAUCGUCGUGAGACUCCGUGGCUUGUCGCUGUUGCUGCCGUUGAUCUUAGCAGGAUUUAUCAGCUGCAGUCCACUGGCCAGUUCCGCAGAUAAGUCGCCUUCGGACCGGGAGGAUGCGACGACGCCAGCCAGUGAUUCGGUGCCUCCGCUGAUUUUCCCCCGGGACAGUACCGUGUACAAAAUAGCGGAAAAUGACACCGCCCUGAGGAUUCUGCAGGCACGAUCGGCUGAACCGGCCGCCACAACUGCCACCGUCACGGAACCGAUCGACACAGUUAAGCAAAUCAAUCUCAACAUCGGAAACGAAUUAAACUCCAGUUUAGACACGUUGAACGUCAAUGGGUCGACAACUACGGCACCGAUCGAUGGGUACGAUGAAGAAGACGACGAUGAUGACGACGACUACAGUGACGAGGACGAUCUGGACGACGAUGUGGAAAGCGUUCAACCAGUGGAUCCCAACCGAGAGGAAGGACUGGAGGAACAAUAUGGAGACAAGAGUCACUAUCCGUUCGUGAUCGACAACAGCAGCAUCGAAAUGACAGCCAUGCGGCAGGAACACGUCUGGAUCAUAAUGGUGGGCGCCAUCAUCGUUGCGGCAGUUGCACUCUACAUUGGCAUGACUCUUUACAGAAAUCGACUGGAAAGACGUUACGGAAUGAGACAACGCUUGGUCACAGAAGACGAUUACUACACUAAUAACGAUAUUUAAUACUCAUGACGCCCGGCAGACGGCAAUCGAGCGACAAUCAGCCAUCAUUAUUCCGACCGGAACCUGGUGAUCAUUCCCGGAGCCGUUGUUUGAGAGCGCAAACUAAGAAUAGCCAAAACUCAGUCCGUAUGGAGGAACCCCGUCUUUGAGAUUACCUUUCGAAGCCAUGGGUGUAAAUAGUCGUUGAUCCUCACUAAAAUUAAUCAGAUUAACUGUAGCGUAAAUGGAGAUUGAAACAAACAAAACAAAACUAAAAAUGCCAUAUUAACGGUCAUACGGUCGCGACGAGAAUAGCCUCAUAUUUCUCCUUCUAAAGGCAGGUUAAUGUACAGGUUAGUUCUAUCGUUUUUUUUUCUAUUUCCUUCGUUUAAUUUAGACAAUCGUAGCUAGAUAACCGUUUUAGAGAAGUCCUCAGUGAAAAGAGAAGUUCCAGUAAUAGUGUGUAAAAACAUCAAUAUUUUACUUUGUGAAUUAACUACAUGUAAGAAAGUCUGUGAUAUUAAGUGAA